AGGAAUCUUCAUCAAGAUCAAUGGGGAAGCAAUUUGAUACGAAAAUCACAUGGGUUAUAAAAAAAUUCCCCUCUUUGCAAUCGCCGGAAAUUUAUUCUGAUCAUUUCCUCGUCGGUGGCUGCAAAUGGUGUCUUAGUGUCUAUCCCAAAGGAAAUAAGGUUGAUUAUUUGUCCCUUCGUCAAUCAUGGAUCAUUGCCUUCUGGAUGGAGAAGACACGCUCGAUAUCGCCUAACCAUAUCAAUCAAAAUUCGGAUAAAAACUGUCAACUGAGUGAAUCACAACAGUGGUUUGAGGAUAAAACUAGCAGCUGGGGUCGUCAAUCCGCUCUUCUCCUUAGUGAACUUCAUGCCAAAGAUAGCGGAUUUCUGGUAAACGGGGAACUCAAAAUUGUUGCCGAGGUGGCUGUUCUUGAAGUUAUUGGCAAAUUAGAUGUAUCUAACGAAACUUCAACAACAAUAACGCAAGCCAUGGAUGUUAAUGGGUUUCAACUUCUCCCUUUGCAGGCCAAAUCUGUGAGCCGUAUGUUUAAAAGACACCCAGAGCUAGCAUCUGAAUUCCGUCCAAAGAACCCAAAUCUUAGGACAGCUUACAUGAGUUUUCUACUCGGUCUGAUUGAGACUAUACGCCAGUCGCCUCACGAGCUCUCCAAGGAUGAUCUGUCUGAUGCAUACACUGGACUGGGAUUCAUGACUGAUGCAGGGUAUAAGUUGGAUUGGUUGGAGAAGAAACUUGAUGAGCUGUCUGAAAAGAAGGAGAAAGAGCAGGCCAGUGAGACUCGGCUGCGAGGAAUGGAGGAAGAGUUGAAGGACUUAAAGGACAAGUGUUCAAACAUGGAGGCUUUGGUGAAGAAAGAGAAGGGAGAGUUGUCGGCUGCAAAAGCUUCUCUCUCAUUCGAUGAUGUUGUUUAAUGUUCUUCAUGUUCUUAAGGGACUUUGAGUUUGGGUCUGCUUGGGUUUCUGGUCUGUUCGUUAGCAAAUCUUGGUUUCGUUAGAAGACUCAUGUCUUGGAAGUUUCCACAAUGUUGUCAAUCUAACUACUCUUUAGGUUUCUAUUCUUUAAAGGAUUGAUCAUAUUCUUAG